AUGACCGACCGAGAGUACAAGUUUGAUGACGUCCAAGGAAUUGACGAGGCUAAGGCGGAGGUUCAAGAGAUGGUUGAGUUCCUGAGGAACCCGAGCAGGUUUAAGAAGCUGGGAGCAAAGUUACCCACUGGUAUGCUACUGAUUGGUCCUCCUGGUACUGGUAAGACUUUACUGGCUAAAGCUAUUGCAGGAGAAGCUGAUGUUCCUUUCUUCUUUGCAUCCGGCAGCGAAUUUGAUGAAAUGUUUGUUGGAGUAGGAGCAGCAAGAAUUAGGAAACUUUUUGAACAAGCGAGACGUAGCAAACCCUGUGUGGUAUUCAUUGAUGAGUUGGAUGCAGUGGGAGGGGCCAGAAUAACGAGUGCUAUUCAUCCUUACUCCAGAAUGACACUGAACCAGCUGCUAGUGGAGCUGGACGGUUAUAAAGAGUUGGAGGGUGUGGUUGUCAUUGGAGCUACUAAUUUCCCAGAGUCACUGGAUAAGGCGCUGGUAAGACCCGGAAGGUUUGACAUUCACAUUCACAUUGAUAUGCCUGACGUGAAGGCGAGACACAAUAUACUAAUGGUCCACUCUAAGAAGAUAAAACUAGGACCUGACGUCAGUAUGGAGAAACUAGCAAGGGGCACUAUUGGUUUCUCAGGUGCUGAUUUAGCUAACUUGAUAAACCAGGCGGCACUGAAAGCAUCAGCUGAUGGAAAGACUGAAGUGACAGAGGAAGAUAUGGAAUAUGCUAAGGAUAAAAUAUUAAUGGGUCCUGAGAAGAAGAGUGCUGUCAUUGAACGAGAGAAUAAAGAAAAGACAGCUUACCAUGAAGGGGGACACGCCAUUGUAGCAAUGUUCACUCCAGGGGCUCUACCCAUUCACAAGGCUACUAUUGUACCACGUGGGCCAGCACUAGGAAUGGUUGUUAUGCUGCCUGAGAAAGAUCAAUUGUCAUGGACCAAGAAACAGCUGCUGGCUAGUAUGGAUGUUGCUAUGGGAGGAAGAGUAGCUGAGGAGAUAAUGUAUGGAGUAGAGAAUGUUACCACCGGAGCCUCUUCUGACUUCAAAAAAGCAACAGAUAUUGCUAGAGCGAUGGUUACUAAAUAUGCAAUGAGUGAUGCUGUUGGUCCAGUGUUUCAUCAAGAUAAGGACAAGAUUAGCUCAACAACACAAAAGAUAAUUGAAGAUGAAAUUAAAAGAUUGCUAAAAGAGAGCCAUGACAGAGCUUACCAGCUGCUAAAGACUCACGCUACAGAACACAAAAGAUUAGCGGAAGGUCUAUUGAAAUACGAAACUUUAGAUUUAGAAGAAAUCAAACAAGUGAUCAGUGGGAAGCCAUUAUCAAGAUCAGUAUAAACCACACCCACUGUCCCUCUAUUGUGUCGUAUUGUCAUUGCAUUCAUUUAUGUAUUAUAUUAAUAAUAAUAAGAAAUAAUAAUAAUAAUAAUAAUAAUAAUAAUAAUAGUUCAGCAAUGUUUUUAAUAGGACAAGAA